CCCGGUCGGUUGUGGCAUCGCUUGGCAGCCCAACUUGAAUUGAUUUUAAAUUAAUUGUAACCAAAGUUUAUAUAUACAUAUAUACAUAUAUUUACAAAAGUUUUGUUUUUCGUUCACUUGAAUUAACAAAAUGCGUUGCGCAGACGCUUUUGCUGCUGUCAUCGCCUCUUGCGUGGCUCUCGUGCUUCUACAAAUGGCGGAACCAGUCAGGAGUGAGGGGGAGGGGCAAUAUACGAUCGUUGGACCGGGAACCAUACACUCGCAUCGAGAUUACAAUGUGGCUGUCGCAGUGCAUCACACCAAGGAGCCGGUCACGUUGAAGAUUGGCAUUACGGGACCCUCGCACAAUGAGACCCAAACGGUGGAGCUUGCCAAACCGGAUGAGUUCAAGCAGCUCACCUUUAAGCUGCCUCCUCUGAAAUCGGGUGACUAUAACCUAACCGCAGAGGGCGUGGCUGGACUGGACUUCAAGAACUCCACGCAGCUCAGCUGGGUGGAAUUUAAGCCCUACAUAAAGCUGCAAACCGAUAAGGGCAAGUAUAAGCCCGGCGAUGCCAUCAACUACCGUGUCAUCUUCCUGGACGAGAACCUUAAGCCGAGUGAGGCCGGGGAUGAUGUCGUCGUCUGGUUCGAGGAUACGAAAAGGAAUCGCAUCAAGGAGCUGAAACACAUCAAGACCCGUACGGGAGUAUAUACGGGCAAAUUCGAGUUGUCCGAGUUUGCCACGUUGGGCUCAUGGACGCUUUCGGUGCAGCAUGGCGGAGCCUACUCGGACGAGCGCGUCUACUUCGAGGUGGAGAAGUAUGUGCUGCCCAAGUACACCGUCAAAAUGGACGCAACGCAGCAUGUCUCGGUCAAGGACGGAGACAUGCAGGUUGUGGUCAAAGCCAACUACACCUACGGCAAGCCCGUCAACGGCAAAGUCCUGCUCAAUGUGCACACGGAUGAGACGAGUACGUGGACCAAUGUGGACGGCAAGUCGGAGCGCAAGGAUACGCCUGGACACGCUCUGAUCCGGACUGGCGACAUGGUCAACGGCAAGGCGAAAUUCGAUAUAAAUGUUAAGGAGUUUGCCAGCUUUUUGCCGUACAAGACCUCGUCGUGGUAUGCGCAGAUUUUGGCCACCGUGGAGGAGGACUUCACGGGCGUGAAGCUCAACGAAACGGGCGGCGUUCAGCUCUAUCCGUAUCGCUACGAAAUGUCAUGCACGGACUACAGCUCCUGCUUCUCGUUUGUGGCGGACAAAGAGCACGAGAUCAUCUUCAAGAUUACGCUCGUCGAUGGCACGCUGCUAAAGGACACCAAGACGCCAGUCAAGGCCAAGUUCACGGAGGGCAUACGCCAUACCAGAUAUGGGGAUGAGUCAGAGCUGCCGAAAAUUGAGAAGAAAUCCCUGGAGUUCGAGACCCGCCUCAACGAGUCCAGCUUGGCCGUAUUCAAGGUCGUGCUGCCCGAUUUGCCGGACAUGGAGAACCUGACGCGUUACUACAGCAUCGAGCUGCAGUUCGAUGGCGAGGAGCGAGAGCUGUAUACGACCUAUCCCUACAGGGAGCCAAAGAAAAUUGAUCCACCGACCGAAGAAGAGAAGGAAAAGGAAUGGUUCAAGGCUGAGGUUCAGCGACCCAAGGACAAGUGGAGUCUCAAGAUCGGAACGGAGUACCAAGUGACUCUCAACUCCAGCCGCCCGCUCAACUACUUUGUCUACAAUAUCGUCGGGCGCGGCAAUGUCCUUAAGACGGAACGUGUCGUCCUCAGCGAGCCACAGAAGGUCUAUAAUAUUAGUCUGACGCCCACGUUCCUGACCACGCCCUACGGCCGCAUCUACGUCUACUACGUGGAUGAAAAUGGCGAGUUCCGUUAUGCCGAGGACACCUUCCACGUGGAUGUCGAGCUGCAGAAUCAAAUCCAAGUCACGGCGCCCGAAGAGGUCAAGCCCGGCGCGGACGUUGAGCUGGAGAUCAAGACGGCGCCGCAGUCCUUUGUCGGCCUCAUGGCCGUGGAUCAGAGCGUCCUGCUGCUGGGCAGCAACAACGACAUCAACAAAGACUCGUUCGGCUGGCGACUUGGCCGCUUCGAUACGCACACGCCCUGGCAGGGCGGUUACUCCUACUAUCCGGGCGAACGCAGCGGCGUCGUAACCAUGACAAACGCCAACUUUUUCUACGAUCGCACGCCGCCCAAAUAUCACGCACAGGCCUUCGCAGGCGGCGCCAUGCGGAAGACAGCACUCGUCUCAAACGAUGCAGCCUACAGCACCUCAGCCCCAAUGGGCGGUUCACCGGAAGUUGCUUUGUUUGCGGCCGGAGUCGGCGGAGCAGCGCCUCCAGCUGCGCCCACGGUGCGCAAGAACUUUGUGGAGACUUGGCUGUUCGAGGACAUCGAAAGCACAAAGUCGGAGAUAUUUAAGUGGGUGAGGACUAUACCGGAUACGAUUACGAGCUGGGUGCUGACGGCGUUUGCGCUGCACCCGGAGAAGGGCCUGGGCGUGACCGAUGAACAGCUGAAGAUUAAGACAUUCCAGCCGUUCUUUGUGUCCGUGCGUCUACCAUACUCCGUGAAACGUGGCGAGGUGAUCAAUGUGCCCGCCCUGGUGUUCAACUAUCUGCCCAAGCAGCUGGACGUCGAGGUGACGCUGGACAACGAGGAUAACGAGUACGAUUUUGUGGAUGUGUCCAACGAGGUGCUUGGCGAACAGAAGCGCACGCAGACGGUGCGCGUGGCCGCCAACUCGGCAGCCGGUGCAUCCUUCCUGCUCCGGCCCAAAAUCAUUGGCAGCAUUCUGCUCAAGUUCACGGCCAUUUCGCCCCUGGCCGGCGACGCGGUGCACAAGACGCUCAAGGUGGUGCCCGAGGGCGUCACCCAGUAUAAGAAUCGCGCGUUCUUUGUUAACCUGAAGGAUGUGCACGAGCACAAGGACAGCUUCGAGCUGGAUCUGCCCGAGGAGCUGGUGCCGGACUCGCAGCACGUUGAAUUUGGCUUUGUUGGAGAUCUGCUCGGGCCGGUCAUCAAGAAUCUGGAGCAGCUGCUGCAUCUGCCCAGCGGCUGCGGCGAGCAGACCAUGUCCAAGCUGGUGCCCAACUAUCUAGUGCACGAUUAUCUGCAGAGCAUGAAGAAGCUAACACCCGAAUUGGACAGCCGCAUCAAGCGCAAUCUGGAGCAGGGCUACCAGCAUAUGUUCCACUAUCGCCACGACGACGGCAGCUACAGCUCCUUUGGACCUGGCAAGUGGCGCGAGGAGGAUCCGGAGCGCAACGGCUCCACCUGGCUGACGGCCUAUGUGCUGCGCUCCUUUAGCCAGAUCAGGAAUCUCAUCAAGCUGGACGAGAAACAGCUGGAAAGCGGCUAUGAGUUUUUGCUCAGCCGCCAGGCCGAGAACGGCAGCUUCUCGGAGCAGGGUGAGUUCUUCUACGGAUCACAGCGUUCGGUCCUGACAAUGACUGCCAACGCGCUGCUGGCCCUGCUGGAGCAACCGAAACCCAACCAGACGGCCAUCGACAAGGCUGUCGCCUACUUGGAUGCCCACUCCAACGAGAAGGACACCGAGGAACUCUUGCCCCGGGCUCUGGCAACUUAUGCUCUGCAGAAAGCCAAGUCCGCAAAUGCCGCCAAGCACGUGGCUGCACUAAAGGCGCUUGCCAAGCACGAGGAGGAUCGCACCUGGUGGACGGAGGAUGACCAAAAGCUGCGCGCCGGCAAAUGUGGUCGCUGGUGGUGCUGGAUCUGGAGCCACGACAUAGAGAUCACCUCCUAUGCGUUGCUCUCGCUGCUCGAAUCGGAGCAGGAAACGCCCAACUCGCUGCUCGACUCGAUCCGCUGGCUGGUGGCGCAGCGCAACAGCUUUGGUGGCUUUGCCUCCUCCCAGGAUACCGUCGCCGGGCUGCAGGCCUUGAUACAGUUCGCCAAAAAGUCCGGCUACGAGCCGGCCAGAUGGGAUGUAAGCGUCUCCAAUCACGGUCAGCGUGAAAAAACCGAGAAGCUCAGCCUGACGGAGGACAACGAUUUGCUGCUGCAAACGGUCGAGUUCCCCCAGGGCACCAAAUCGCUGUCCUACGAGGCCAAGGGCACGGGCGCCGCCCUGCUGCAGAUCAGCUACCAGUACAACGUGGUCGAGAAGGAACCGAAGCCCAGCUUUAAGAUUCAAGCGAUUAUUAAACCCGAAUCACCGCCGGCCAAGCUGGAGUUGAGCGUGUGUGUCGAGUAUGUGGAGGAGGGCAAGGCCAAGGCAUCCAAUAUGGCCAUAUUGGAGGUCUCGCUGCCGUCCGGCUAUACUGCCGACGAGGAAAGCUUCAAGGAUAUUCAGGAAAUCGAGCGCGUCCGGCUGGUGGAAACCAAAAACGACGACUCCGUGGUCGUCAUCUACUUUGAGAGCCUGCCCAAGGGCGAACUGAAGUGCCUGCCCAUUGAGGCAUUCAAGACGCAUGCUGUGGCCAAUCAGAAACCCGCCCCGAUUGUCCUCUACGAUUACUACGACACGAACAAGAAGGCCACGGAAUAUUACCAGGUCGAAUCGAAGCUCUGCGAUAUCUGUGAGGGCGACGAAUGCUCGGCCAAGUGUUGAACCCAAUCCUUUCAUUAAUUGGAUCUAAAUGCAUAAACGAAUAAAAAACAAACUGUUGUGAUUAUAAUAUAAGAA